AUGCACAAGAACGACCCAGGUGGCGGUAGACGCUACCAGAUCAUAGAGCUUCCACCCUCUGAUCCGCUCGACAACGACGUGACAGUCGAUGACGCAGUUGGGUCGGAGGACGAAUCCCUGAAGACGGGAGGAUCGUCCGUUCUCACUGGUGAUGCUCGGACGACCCCGGUUGAUGCGAGCCUCAUGGCGGUUGUCAGCAUGACAGGAGACCACAAGCCUGUAGAGACUGCGGACUCAGAACUCACGUCCGGAGACGAGGCUGGGGUACCGAAUUCUUUUAACGAGGCGAUGGAGCUCACCAUUCCUGAUUACUCGAGGGCAGAACCCGGAGAUGAAUGUACCUGGAGUGUGCUUGACCGCUUCCGGUAUCAUACGAGCAGCUCGAGCAGCUCCGAAUCUCCGGACUCACCACAGAUACAAACCAAACAUUCAGCCCUCGAGCGGAAAAGAGGUGUGAAACUCAGAAUUCGAGUGCCUGGCAAAUACCUGAGCCACCUGGCUAGACCUCCUGAACCGGCAAUCAGGAGAAGGCCAUCUAAAUCGGUUCUCUGCCUUGCCCCACCGGAGCCCAACGGUCCUUACAGGACGCAAGGCGAAGCUCAAAAGGUAGCCGAUCUUCGCAACAGAGAGUUUCGAGAGAACCUCGGGCGAUUUGGCGAUUGGAGAGCCAUACUCGCAGAGCCGCUCGAAUAUGGCGGUGGACCUUGGAGGGUGAUCAAUACGACCCAUGAGUCUGGCGACGAAGACGAUUCUGAUUCAUCCGACGAUGAGUCCGAAUUUUGCCAGUUCUUAGUCCCGUCUUAG